UAACAAGAUGUGCAAAGGGCAAAGAGCAAACUUAAGUCCGUAAGGGUUUAUAAGCAGGUCGGAGGGGCAGAGCUGCACAGUUCAAGCAUUAGCCUUCGAGGAGUUCUGCAGAAACUCAACUCAGCCACCAUGAAGCUUCUGGUAGUGAUGUGUCUGAUGGCGGUGGGCGCCAAUGCCCAGUACGGGCAAUCCGGCAUUGUCUUGCCAACCGGCGAAAACGUACAGUUCACCCAAGAACAGGCCGAGAACGUUCUCCUCAUUGGGGCAUCCGGCGUUAUCAAGGCUGACGGCAAACAUGUGCAGCUGGACCGUGACGGCCUCCCCGUACGCAGGAAGCGUGAGGUGGCCCUCCAGGGCCCCUCAGGCGUGCUCUUCACAGACGGCCAGAAGAGGCUCCUGCCCCCCGGCGUGGAGAUCGUCCUCUUGACCGAGUCUGGCGCCGUCCUUUCCAACGGUAACAACGUGCAGUUCCGCAAGAAGCGUUCCUCCGGCCCCCUCAUCGACGCCAUCACUGGUCCUUCCGGCUUCAUCACCCCCACCAGCCAGCUCUUCCAGCUUAAGCCCGGCGUGACCGUCGCCAUCUUGGGAGACACUGGCGCUCUUCUCUCUGACGGAACCGCCAUCCAGUUCUUCGAGUAAAUCUUUCUUCACCUUCUUACUUCUGAUCCUUUCUCUAUGGCGGUUAAUUAAUCCUUCACCACCAACGCUCAGAGACACCUCCGUCUGCGCACGCACUACUAAGGACUUCAUGGGAUCAAAUGUAAUUUUACAAUAAAUUAUAAAAGAAAUA